AUGCCCGGGCCGACCCAAACCCUGUCCCCAAAUGGCGAGAACAACAACGACAUCAUCCAGGAUAACGGGACCAUCAUUCCUUUCCGGAAACACACAGUGCGCGGCGAGCGUUCCUACAGUUGGGGAAUGGCAGUCAAUGUGUAUUCUACCUCGAUAACCCAAGAGACUAUGAGCAGACAUGACAUCAUCGCUUGGGUUAAUGACAUAGUAUCUUUAAACUACACGAAAGUGGAACAGCUUUGUUCAGGAGCGGCCUACUGCCAGUUCAUGGACAUGCUCUUCCCAGGCUGCAUUAGUUUGAAGAAAGUAAAAUUUCAAGCGAAGUUGGAGCAUGAGUACAUUCACAAUUUCAAGCUUCUGCAAGCAUCAUUCAAGCGAAUGAAUGUUGAUAAGGUAAUUCCCGUGGAGAAGCUAGUGAAAGGGCGUUUCCAGGACAACCUGGAUUUUAUCCAGUGGUUUAAGAAGUUCUACGAUGCUAACUACGAUGGGAAGGAGUAUGACCCAGUAGAGGCACGACAAGGGCAAGACGCAAUUCCUCCUCCCGACCCCGGCGAACAGAUCUUCAACCUGCCCAAGAAGUCCCACCAUGCCAACUCCCCCACAGCAGGUGCGGCUAAAUCAAGUCCAGCAUCUAAACCAGGAUCCACACCUUCUCGUCCCUCUUCAGCCAAAAGGGCUUCAUCCAGUGGCUCAGCAUCCAAAUCUGAUAAAGACUUAGAAACGCAGGUCAUACAGCUUAAUGAACAGGUACAUUCGUUAAAACUUGCCCUGGAAGGUGUGGAAAAAGAAAGGGAUUUCUACUUCGGAAAGUUGAGAGAGAUUGAGCUCCUCUGCCAGGAACACGGGCAGGAAAACGACGACCUCGUGCAGCGACUAAUGGAAGUCCUCUACGCUUCGGACGAACACGAGGGCCACCCGGAGGAGCCGGAAGCAGAGGAGCAAGUCCACGAGCAGCAGCCGCAGCAGCAGGAAGAGUACUGA